CUAAUCUCAUUUUCUUGUGUCUUUGCUGUUCUCAUGUCUGUCGCUCUGCGACACACCCUCUCUGGCCCUGUCCUCCUCCAUCUCUCUGUGUUGAUUUUAUUCUAUUCACUUUUUCCGGUGAUAGCCGGCCCGCUCGCGCCCCCUCCCCCCUCCAUGCAGAUCACCCCGCAACUGCCUCUGAUGGGCUUUGUGGCCCGAGUUCAGGAGACUAUCUCAGACGCACCGCCCCCACCUCCGCCUUCCGAAGAGCCGGUGUUUGAGGAGCCUACGCCUCCGCCACCGCCGCCAGAGGACUACGAGGAUGAGGAGGAUGAAGAGGAGUCGGCGGUGGUGGAGUACAGCGACCCGUACGCUGAGGAGGACCCGCCCUGGGCCCCACGCAGCUACCUGGAGAAAGUGGUGGCCAUCUACGACUACAGCCGCGACAAAGAGGACGAGCUUUCGUUCCAGGAGGGCGCCAUCAUCUACGUGAUCAAGAAGAACGACGACGGCUGGUACGAGGGCGUGAUGAACAGCACCACGGGUCUCUUCCCCGGCAACUACGUCGAGUCCAUCAUGCACUACGCCGACUGAACUAUCCCCCCCCGUCUGAGAGGAAGAGGAGCAGGAGGAGCUUUUGAAGAGGAAGGGAAGGGGUUUAAGGUCAAAGACUGUGAUCAGGUAGAGUAUGAUCACCUCCGUGAAAGGAGAGAAGAGAGAAGCAGGUGGGAAGACAAAGCAGUUUUUAAAGAAGUUGCAACAUGACAAACUGAACCCCUGUCAUUCUCUCGACACAUUGUAAAACAACCACUACUCUAGAUAUAUCCUUCCCUGACAUAUUUCUUUUUUUGUUCCUUUAUUUGACUGAGGACUGGAACGGUGAUAGAUUUAUUGUAUUGUGAGAGUUUUGUGUUACAUUGUGAGGCCACUACAUUGAUUUUUGCUUCAUUGUUUUCUUUUUGUUUAACCAAAUUGCCCUCAUUUUUAAGAAUAUUUAUUGGAUUUUGUAGUGGGAUAAAUGGUAAGCAGGCAGAUGGGGCUGCUGAGAGGGAUUCAUUUUGGGGGUUUCUACGUUGCAGCCUCAGAGAAAGGGCUGGAGAAGAAUGUCUGCACUUGUAGAUUUUCUCCUUAACACUCCAGAGACAUUUAAGAGAAAAACAC